AUGUGUGUUGACUACAAUGUGGACACGGACUCAAAGCGCAGACAGCUGGAGGACAACCAUUCUGGUCAUUCCGGACGAAACCGAGAAAGCUCCUUUUCUGGUGGGGGAAGGCUGAUGCCGAAUUUCAACAGAGAUCUGUCUGAAUCCACCCAACCAUUACGACUUCCAUCAAUCCAAUUACCGCCUCAUGUUGAUUUUAAUAACAGGCACAACCAAUCACGCUUCAGCACAUGUCCUUCUCUUCAUCAACACAAAUCAGGGAAGGAAUCCAGUCCAACCACGGUGCAAAUGCUGCGUCAAUUUUUCGCCAGGUCCGACGACUUAUCCAAUGACUUAGCAUACAUGGCGCCUUCUCAUGCAGCAGGUCCUCUCGGAGGCAGGCUGCCGGAUGAUGUUCAUGCUUCAAGAAAUCAAGCCCCCCAAACGGGUGGAAGUCAUUUUCGCCGUUCCAGUAUUUCCCACUCACAGCAGGUUUUACAACCUACUUCAGGUCACUCGGAAGCAUAUGGACAGUCAUUCUUCACGCCCAACGUAGCUUCAAAGACUUAUCCUCCCUAUGCAGGCAGUUCCACUAGAAUUGAGGAGCCUAGCCAUGCGGAGGGAAGAUUUUUGCCAAAUCCUCCUGAAACUGGAAGUUCUAGCGCUCCCAAACCUAGUCUCACCGGAAGCUCUUCUCAUGUCAAUUCUUUUGAAGAGGGUGACCCCGAGGAAGGAGAGCUUUACAGGUGUCGUGACUGUAAUCGAAAGUGCAAAAGCAAAGCGAGCUACUUGAAACAUAGGUCGAUGAUGUGCACACAUAGACUUGGUGAGAUACUCUGUAUGUUCGCAGACCGUAAGGAUCCGAAUGCUGAUAACUCAAGGUUUCCCUUUUCAUCGUUCCAGGGGCUCUCACCCUCGAAUGUAGAUAUUGUAAAAGACAUUAUACUUACGCAGGUUAUCUUCAACGUCACGAACUCGAGUGCGCCAAAACCAAUCUUUCAUAAACUCUAUCCGAAUCAAUUGUCGUCAGACUCAUACUGGAAAAGCUUUCUAUAG